CACCCUUAUACAGCAGUGCAUAUGCUUGAAUCUCAUCUGGAUCUCGGCGUGGUUUUAGAUUCCUCCGCUGUUUUUGUCACUGUGAGCGGAUUCUUUUUCACUUCUUUGGGGAAUUCUGAGCCGCACAUGCUGGCCGCAUAGGAUGAAAUCAGCAUAUUUAUUACGGGCACAACAAAGGAUACCAGAAUUCAUCUGAACGAACGCUGGAGAGGCCUGGGAAUCGAACAUAUGAUGUAUCUAUCCUUAAUCGAAUAUUUAAUAAGUGCAAGUUGAUGUUUCUUAAUCGGACAUUGGAAAUUAAUGGAUUUUGUCAGGCGGCACCAGCAGCAGGAGGCUGAACACUAUUCAAAACGGAAUUGUCUGCACAUUUUUAAAAGCCCAGAAUAAAAGCAAUAAUAUAUUAAUCGCUAAAAUACAAGACUGACAUUUUUAAGAAGCAUUUUGACCGCGUGUGAAUCAUCAGACCGGCCGAAAUCUCCCACCGCCGGCCUGGGCUGGACCCGACCCGACCCGACCCGACUGGGAGGAGGGACUGGAAGGACGCCAAAGAAGGACAAGUCAUCUUAAACCUUUAAUAUUCACAGUCAAGCCCAAGAGAUUAAAUUAUUACCUUUAAUGUUUUACUUUCUCAAUAAUAUGGGCAAGAAACAAUCUGACAUAAUUACUGAUACUGAGCCACUAAACACCACUGAAGCGGAUAUGAUUAAAUAAAACCUUUCUGCUGUUUUUAAUGAACAUGUUUGUCAGCGUCAACCUUUGCAGGAUGGCAAGAUGAGUGCCUGCUUACAAUGAUGGCUAAAAAGCAAGAUUCACGGACGCCGAUCUACAACCUGAUCGUUGUCGGUCUAUCAGGCACUGAGAAAGAGAAGGGCCAAUGCGGGGUCGGGAAGUCCUGCCUUUGUAACCGCUUUGUCCGCCCCAGUGCGGAUGACUUUCAUCUCGAUCACACGUCUGUGUUAAGUACCAGUGACUUUGGUGGUCGAGUUGUCAACAAUGACCAUUUUCUGUUUUGGGGCGAGGUGGAGCGCGUUUUGGAAGAUGGCACAGAGUCCAGGAUGCAUGUCGUGGAGCAGACGGAGUUUAUCGAUGACCAGACGUUUCAGCCGCAUCGGAGCACGGCCUUGCAGCCCUACAUUAAAAGAGCCGCCGCCACAAAACUGGCCUCUGCUGAGAAGCUCAUGUAUUUCUGUACAGACCAGUUGGGCCUGGAGCAAGACUUUGAGCAAAAACAAAUGCCAGAGGGUAAGCUACAGGUGGAUGGCUUUCUGCUCUGUGUCGAUGUAAGUCGAGGCAUGAACCGUAGCUUUGAUGACCAAAUGAAGUUUGUCACCAACCUGUUUAAUCACAUAAGCAAGACGAAAAAGCCCGUCGUGCUGGUUCUCACUAAAUGUGAUGAAGGAGUUGAGCGAUACAUCAAGGAUUCUCAUACGUUUGCGAUUACUAAGAAGAACUUGCAAGUCGUUGAAACAUCGGCUCGAUCCAACGUCAACGUCGACUCCGCUUUCCUCACGCUGAUUCAACUCAUUGAUAAGGGCAGGGGCAAGCAUAAGAUAAUACCUUAUUUCGAGGCUUUAAAGCAUCAGAGUCAAGUGAUCGCCUCAGCGAAGGACAGAUAUGAAUGGUUGGUGAACCACAUCGUGAAGAAUCACAAUGAGACCUGGCCGGCGAUGAGCCGACGCAUGCAGACAGCCCCGGAAUACAAGGAAUAUGUCUUUCUAGAAGGUUCAGCAAAGGCAAAAAAGCUUUUCCAGCAGCAUAUUCAUCGGCUUAAACAGGAGCACACCGAGAGACGUCGUAAGGGGUACCUCGGCGCUCUUCCUUUGGCUUUGAGCUCUUUAGUUUCGGAGCUGGCUGAAAUCGAGCACUUAAGCUGGUCUGGCGUGCAGAAGGUGCUGGAGUCCAAAAAGGACUUUGACCAUUGGUUUGUGGUUCUCGAGGAUGCCCCGUGGGAGGACACGCCUCACCUUGACAAUAUGGAAGAUGACCGCAUACCCUUUGAUGUUCUGGAUACCACUGCAGCAGAGAUCAUCUUUGACGCUCACCUCGACCAUUUGCGAAACGAGUGCAAGCGCGCCGAGAUGCGCCAUGAAUUUAAAAUGAAACUCGCGUCCUCGCCCUUUGUCACCCCUGGCAGGCCGUGGGAGGAGGCUCGCAGCUUCAUAAUGAAUGAAGACUUCUAUCAGUGGCUUGAGGAACCAGAAUACUUAGAUAUCUACAACAGACACCAAAAAGUCAUCAUUGACAGGGCAAAGGAGGAUUUCCAGGAGCUUCUGCUCGAGUAUUCCGAGCUGUUUUAUGAACUAAAGGUGGAUGCCAAGCCGAGUAAAGAAAAGAUGGGAGCAAUUCAAGAAGUACUGGGAGAAGAGCAGCGCUUCAAGGCGUUACAGAAACUGCAGGCCGAGAGGGAUGCUUUGGUACUGAAGCAUAUCCACUUUGUUUAUCACCCAACCAAGGAUACCUGCCCAAGCUGCCCACACUGUGUUGACAGCAAGAUUGAGCAAAUAUUAGCUUCAUGCUUUCCUACACGCUACCCCUCCUAUGGAAAGUCUUACAUGAAUGACAGCAAGCCCGAAAGAAUUAAUCUAGUCAUCUUGGGCAAAGACGGUUUAGCAAGAGAGUUGGCCAACGAGAUCCGGGCCUUGUGCGCCAACGAUGACCUUUACGUCCUUGAAGGUAAAAUGUAUGAGCUUGUACUCAGGCCGAUUGAAGGUAAUGUCAGGCUUCCUGUUAACUUCUUCCAUACCCCCACGUUUACGCCUCACGGAUGCUUGUGCUUGUACAACUCGAAGGAAUCUCUGUCUUACGUCGUUGAAAGUAUUGAGAAGUUGCGAGAGUCCACGCUUGGCAGGAGGGACAGCCACAUCGCUGGGCUUCCUCUGUCCCUCCUGUUGGUCACCAAGAGAGGAAUGGGAACAUUAGGUGACCUUGGUGGGGAGACUGCCCAAAUCUUGAUUGCACAGGGUCAGCAGAUAGCCAUUAAACUGCAGUGUAAUUAUCUGGAACCUGCCCUGCCUGGUUCAGGUUAUGGACGAAAUGUGAAUGAAAAGCAGAUAAACCAGGUGAUAAAGAGUCUCUUAGACAUUCGGAGAAAUGCUGUGUUCCGUAGUGGUUCUCCAUCCCCACCCCCUCUACCUCAGAGUAUCAGGGACCUGCAGCAGGACCAGAGUCCAGAGGCCGAUUUGCGUAUCGUUAUGUGCCUGAUGUGUGGCGAUUCCUAUGAUGUAGACCAACUCCUCUCGCCCUUCUUGCUGCCUCAGCAUUGUAGACCAACCUAUUCCAGCUGUAAUUCAGUGCUUUUAGAGCAGUCAGUCAGUGGCCAAAGGCUGACUAUAGAGCUGUCUCUACUGUCCUAUCAUGCUUCUUUUACCAUGCGUAAGAGUCGACUGGCACAUGGGUACAUAGCCGUUUACUCUGCUCGCCGUAAGGCCUCGUUAGAAACCUUGUGUGCCUUGCUCUGUGAGGUCCCGGACAUUGUUCCAGUCCAGCUGCUAGCUGUUGGAGAAACCGAGACGGAGCUCACAGACUCUGAGUCGGUACGAGAGCUGCUCACCCAAGGUAAAGAAUUGGCCAGUGAAAUUGAGGGUAAUUUUGCCAGUGUGGUCUGUGGAGCCGGUGGAGUUGUGGGAGGCUUGCACAGGAUAGACCUUUUUCAGUCAUUCUUCACGGAGGUAGUGGAAAAGAAGACUCUAGUCGAAGCCACUCAUACAUAUGAUAACGCCGCAGAGGCCUGUAGCACAAACGAGAAUGUGUAUUCACCCCAGUGUGGUUCCCCGAGCCCUGUCACUAUGCUUUUAGAUUAUGAGGAGGACAUGGAAGCCUCCCCGCCUUACUACGAUGGUACUCUCACCUCUCACAGUGGAUUUCGAAUCCCUGACAUGGACUCUGGUGACACGUUCUCUGUCAUAUCUGAACUUAGCACCUUUGAGAACAAGCUGAACAACAAAGGCUCUUCACACGUGAGACCCAGGCCCAGUGUCACCUUCGACAUCAGAAAGCACAACUUCAACCCUUACAUGGACUCCGGUACCCAUCGACGUUCUUUUACCUCCAAUGUGACUUGGCCCUGUGGAGACGGAGUCUACGAUCCGUCUGACUAUGCCGAGCCAGUAGAUGCAGUCUCCAAGCCUCGACCCAGGCAUGAAGAAUGCAUAUACUCAGUGCCUCAUGACAGCACACAGGGUAAGAUCAUCACCAUCCGGAACUCUAACAGGAUGCACUCUAACGGAGGCGUCAAUGGCUCCGACAGCGAAGGGGACGGUAACUCUUUGGAGCGUCGCAGGAAGUUCUCCGCAGCGGGAGUGAAGCCACGGCUAUACAGGGACCGUUCCAAGCGCCUGGGCAAGUUUAGCAACUUCCGCACCAGCUUCUCUAUCGGCAGCGACGACGAGCUCGGCGUACUUCCCAAGACAAAGGAGGAUGAAGUAACGGUUUUGAAGGGAGAGUCACUUAUCGAAGAAGGAGACGAUAAAAAGAGGAACAUUCUAAGGAGCCUUCGUCGACCUGGCAAAAAAACUCGACUGAAGCCCCGACAUUCUAUCUCCAAACCCUUGGAGAGUACUUACUUUGGGGUGCCUUUGGUUACCGUUGUGUCACCUGACAGGCCAAUCCCAGUGUUUAUCGAUAAAUGUAUUCGCUUCAUUGAAGCCACAGGUUUGACCACGGAGGGAAUAUACCGAGUGAGCGGAAACAAGUCUGAGAUGGAGACCAUGCAGAGACAGUUUGAGCAGGACCACAGUCUGGACCUGGUGGAGAAGGACUUCUCUGUGAACACGGUAGCCGGAGCACUGAAGAGCUUCUUCUCCGAGCUGCCCGAGCCGCUGAUCCCAUACAGUACUCAGGUGGAGCUGGUGGAGGCUUUCAAGAUAAACGAUCGAGAGCAGAGGCUGCACACCAUGAAGGACCUGCUGAGGAGGUUCCCUCGAGAGAAUUAUGAAGUUUUCAAGCACAUCAUGGGUCACCUGAACAAGGUCAGCCAGUGGAACAAAGCAAACCUGAUGACCAGCGAGAACCUGUCCAUCUGCUUCUGGCCCACGCUGAUGAGGCCGGAGGUCACCACCAUGGACGCGCUGACCCUCACGCCCACCUACCAGGCCAUCGUGGAGACCUUCAUCCAUCAGUGCGCCUUCUUCUUCUACAACCAGGCGCCCGUCGAGUCUCCCACCGGACUCUACGGCUCCGCCGUGUCCUCCGUCCUGCCCCCCUCGCCCGGCGGCGCGCCCUCGUGCGGCCCUCCGCCCUCGCGCUUCAGCCCGUCCCCUCUGUCGCCCCCCGGGUCGCCCCCGCAGAGCCCUCACACCGACGCGUCCGAGGCGCACACACUGUGAGACGGGCGGAGUUGAUCACGCGCUGAGCUCUACGCUUGCGUCCUGCUUUCCUUUACUUGAAACCAAUCGAUUGUACGAAUCUACACUCGCACAUUUAUAAAUGCUGCAUCUUUUUACUUUAUGCCAAGCGCCACCGCUGCAGGAAUAAGUUUGUGAACCCUUCUGAUGUGCAGAAAUUAUUCAGUUUGUCAAAAAAAAACAAAUACGCCCAAACUAAUAACACACAAACUUUAAUCUUUAUUUAAAUCUAUUUACCAGGCAGAUUAAUAAAUGAAAUAAUCUAGGAAAAAUUAAGUAUGUAAACCUUAAAUGUGUGUAAAAGUGUGUAAACCGAGAUUCUGAACUCCUCGGUUGCCACCGGUCGGCUGGGCGCCAUCUAGCGGGCAUAACAGGCAGUGCCUGGAGCAGACACGUUUCUGCUAGGGCGGGAUGACCGGACUAUGUGGGUGGGGUCUUCAAACGCUGUGUAAGGACUCUGAUUAACAGAUAGAGAGACGCUCGUGCAGAGCGCAUGGGUGAAAAAGGGUUCCGCUAAGGGCUGUGAGCAGCAGUGUAACCACCUCGACUCCAAUCAGGGAUCCACCAGCAGCGGAAGACAGAUUGACUAUAAUAAAAUGGGAGAAAAUGUCUAAAAAAAAUAGAAUUCAAUUAACAGUGAAUAAAGAUCAGACCACAGAUUUAACGGAAGGGUUCACAAACUUUUUUCUUGCUGCUGUGUAUACAUAAACACUAUAUGGACAAAAGUAUUGGGACGCCCCUUCUAGUUAUUACUGAAUUCAUGUGUUUUUGGUACAGCAGUUACUAACCGGUGUAAUAAAUCAGUUAUAUAAAGGAAAUUACAUGCAACCGUUUAGGGAAGGCCCUUUCCUGUGACUGUGCCCCUCUAUAAAGACAUGAAGAAAAUCUCAGAUCAUACAAACGCUGUCAUCUUGUGUCUGAAUGGGCACAAAUUCCCAGAGUGAGAAGCUUCUCAGAAGAGCGACUGCCUGAAUAGCUCACACAGACGUCACUCUGUUUUAAUACCGUUCGUCCAGCAAGCUCAUGAUCAGGCGUCCAGAUACUUUUGGCCAUGUAGUGUGUUUAUAUCUGCAUGCUGCAAAAUAUUUCUAAGCUUUUUAAAACACUGUAGCAAACAUUUUAUGCCUUUUUUUUUAAUGUCCGGAUCAUCUUGCAGUACGAGAUGUCACCGUGUAGGAGGAUCAGAGUUUUUCUAACUUGUACCGUGUGCCGUUUUCAUCUUCUUGUUGUUUUAUUUUCGUGGGAUGGGGGUCUAUUUCUUGUUUAAAGCCACGGUCACACCAGAACCAGAACUUAUCUGUGUUUAACUGGCAAUCAUGAAGGAAUUUUGAUUCUACUUGCCUCAAAAAUGGGAUUUAACUUUGGAGGAACUAAUCAAGGCGCUCUGAUGAUGAUUGGACCAGAAAUCCGGCCUCCCAACUGAUCGCCCCAACAUCCCAACCUCAUCGCUACAUAUUAAUGAUGUGUUUUAGAGUCGAAUUGGGUCACAUUGUGUAGAAUCUGAAACGAUUGGACAGUUUUGGGUCGCCUGUCUGAGUUUCGGGUCUCUGCAGAAGGAAACGGGCGCUUCAGCAUCAUAAAACGUCUGACCUUAACCAUCAGGCUAUAACCGAGUCAGUUAGACACACGUCAUUACUGGUAGAUUAUUUAUUUCUCACAGGUGUAUAAAGUCAAUUCUAAAAACUAAAUGUCAUGCUUUUAACGUUGUUUCAACAGUUUGGGGAAGGCCCUUUAUCAUUUUACCGUGUUUUGACCGUGCCUCUGUGCACAAGGCGAGUCCCAGAAAGGCGUGGUUCCACGGUUUGGAAUUUGUUAUGGAGAAACUCCGGUGGCUUCAGCGACCUCGACUCCACCGAGUAAUUCCGGGAUGAAUCGGAACUUUUGAUUGUGAUUGUGAGCCAGGCUUUCUUGUCAGGUUCUAGCCGCAAGUGGGGCGACUACGCUGUCUUGGAACGGGACGUUUAACAAGCUAGUGGUCAGGUGUCCCAACUAAAUACUUUGAGGCAUGUAUGACCUGGCCAUUGUCCACACAAACACAGUUGGUCGUGUUUGAGAGAGGAAAGGAGGGAGGGUUGGACUGGGUUUCUUCCCACUGUCGCAGCAAUUUGCGAUCUCUGCGACUGGAUCAGGCGCCCCUGCGAGUGGUGGUGGUGGUGGGGGACUCGCAUGGAGCCUAGCAUGGCUCUACGUACUUUGAUGUUACCGCAUUUGUUAAAUAGUCGUUUCUAAUGUGGAAGCAGGUAUUAGAUGCCGACGCCCUUUUCUCGUCAAAACCACUAUGUUUAAUAUCCAGCCACCAAAUUUUGUUCAUAUUUGCUCACGAGAGUUUAAUACACUGUAACCGGGUGUGACCGGGCUUUAAUCCGUUCCUUUCCUUCUCCGCCGCUUUCCCGUUCUCUAAAUGUAGCAUUUCUUUGUAGACGAGGGCGGCUCGAACGGCGGCGACGACGCACGGCGAAUAAAAAUCCAUCCAGGCACUUAGUCUUGAACGUUUUAUCUGAAGAAGUUUAAAACAUAUGGAGUUUUUCGUAAGCCGAACGGAACGGUUAUUAUUGCAUGCUCGUGAUGAUGCUUCUCUCUCUGCUGUUGAUUUUAACCGACCUGCUUCCUCCUUCGAAGACAGCAUGGAUUUAAAACUUAAGAAAAAAUAACUGAAGACGCGAGACGUGAGAGAAACGUCGGGUUUCCUCUCCGCUCCGUGAUGAGUGUGGUGUUUGCAUUUUUUUUUUUUGCUUUUAUUUACUUCCUGUGGAUCCUGCUUUGUUAUUUUAUUUGUUUUGAGACUGAUACGAUAUCCGAUUGACUGAACCUGAGCUAGAGAAGUGGACGAGGACGCACUUGAACUCUGGACUGAAGUGAAGAAGCUUGUCAUGAACGACUCUAAAACCUUCCUUCCCCCUAAACGUGACCGACGGGAUAAAAUCCGGAUGUUUGAUUCUGCGUAAAAAUCUGCACCGUCGUUUUUUACUUACUAAUCUAAAGCACUUUGAUUUUUCCACGUUUGACUUUUAUUUUUUAGACCCCGUGUUCUGUGGAGCGUCGCGCCAAAUCCGGAAUCCGGUGCGGCCCGAAGCCCGGCGUGCGAUUUGUUUGUCUGUUGUGGAUUUUUGUCGUACUCGUGUGAGAUUAAGACCGGACGCGACGGCUGUAAAUACGUAGCCUUCGGACGCUCGGGACGGGCGGCGUGUUUCAGCUCUCUGGACCAUCGGGGUGCGAUUUAUGAAUCCAUGCGGUGCAUCAAGCUACAGUGAUUAUUGUGUGUAGAUUGUAAAUGACUUUUCUCUUCUCUUAAAACAUGAAGCAUUUCUGAAAAUGAAAAACAAA